GGUGCAGCUCCUAGGAGCUUCAGCUUUUGGACACUAUUCAUGUCUCAUGAAUUUAAAUUUCCCUCUUAAAAACUUACACUUUUAAAUAUUUUUUUAACUUCAAAAAACUCUUAAACAGUAAAAGUUCAAAAGUUUCAAAUCCAAACUUUUCAUAAACUCCCUUUUUACUUAUUUUUCACUCCCUUUUUCACCUUCCUAAAAGUUAAAACUCUAUUUUCCCUCCAAUAAAAAUUUAAACUUAUCACUCAUAACAGUACUCAAAAAGUUAAAGCUCUCACCAGCCACACCAAACAGUGAGUUAAAUGCUGAAAAAAAAGUCUGCAGAGAAUUUCAUUUCGGAAAGAUUUUCCGGUGAUGUGGGGGUUUUUAAUUGGACCGGGAUACCACGUCAGUGGAAUCCCGGUGAUACCCCAGACUUUCUCCUCCCUUUCUCGUUCGCUUGCCGACCAAACGGCCCCAGUUCUCGGACAGCCUCACAUCAGACAAAGCACAGCCCUCCCCGCCCUUUGCUUUUCCUGAAGAGAGAGCAGUGCUUGUCGGUGGAGGAAUGGGUCAACAGUCCGAUCAGCAGUGAAGAAAACAGGGGAGCAAUCAAAGGGCUAAAAAGAGGAGAGAAUAAGCAAUCUGAGGCAAGUCCUAGGUUUCUUCAAACUUUUUGUAUAAAUAGAGAGGGAGAAUCGGAAGAAGGGGGCGGACGGAAAAAAAAAAUCGAGCCGAGAAAAAAAAGGAGGAGAUCCCAGAGCCUUGGGUACCGGCGGAAGGAGGAAUUUCUUGAGUGCCCUAUUGCUUGUAAUCUGAUAUUUGAGGGAUGUUUGGCACUUGUCUGUGCUCCAUCUGUAUGGCCAAAGGGAUUUGGUGGCAUUUUCAAACUGUUUGCUUCUCCUUCCAACAUAUGAACCACGGAUUUCAUUGAUGGUCGCUUUGUUGGAUACCACUGGAAGCACCAAAGUCCAACAAUUGUCAGUUUUCUUGCUAUCUUGGCAUGCCCCUCAUUUUCUAUUCUAAUCCCCAGAACUUCUCCUAUCUCCAAGCAAUUAUACACCCAUUCUGGGAAAUAAACUUGGCUUGUACUCCCCACUGUGAUGUCAAUAUUCUUCCUCCCUCCUACCAUUUCCAACAAUAGCAUUCCAAAACUAUAAACAUCUGAUUUAUAU